CUGUUGCGCUCUCUGAUAGAGGAGUUACUGUAAAAAAGCCGCAAUAUUAUACUAAUUAAGUAAGUUUUGUUAUUUGCUGACUGAAAUAACAAAACUAUAUACAUCAUGGAGUCUACUUUUCACUGCAAAAAAAUUGGUGUAAUAUUUGAACCUCCAGCAAUAGUUAUUCUGUAUCGAGACAAAGAAGUUUGCAAGAAAAGAACAAUGCCAAUCAGGGAUUUAACUGAGCUGAGUGACUGUAGUCAGCUUAGCUCAAGACUAAAAACCAGACAUAGGAAGCAUCUAGGCAGUAUUAAUCCUAUCAGACUUGAGAUUCUUAUCAGAUUAAUUCAAGAGCACAUGAAGGGAAACAGUAAAGAACAAGGACUGGAAAAUAUAAGAAAAGAGUUUGAAUUGAACCCUGGAGAGGAUUUGAAUAAACUAUCAGAUAAGGAGUUGAGAAGAAGAAAAGAAAUAAUGGAUCUUUCUUUUGAAAAGAAUAAUAUCAAAAAGGGAGACCCAGGUUUUGUUUAUGACAAGAAGGUUGAGUUCAAGGGCGUGAAGGAAGCAGCAGACUGGGAUUCUGGAUCCGACAUAGAGGACAAGAAUCCAAUAUCUGAAAGAGAUCCUGAAAACAUUGUUUCUAUGGAUCCAGGAGGCAAAGACAUGGAAUCAAAGAUUUUAGAGAACUUAAGUGGAGGUUUUUCUAACGCAGGGUCAAAUGUUGGAGGUCUGGAGGAUCUUAAACCAAAAGUUAGAGGUCUCGAAGAUCUUGGACCUCGGUUCCCUGGAUCCUCAAACCUAGGAUUAGACUCGGGUCCAAGCAGCGACAGUUCAACCCCUGUAAAUUCUCCAAAAAGAAAUCUUCAGACGCUGGUAAGUGCAAACAAGAAAAUGUUCGGUUUGGAUUCUCCUGAGCGGAGCGAGGAAGAAAAUAAACCGGUUCCUGCCGCUGCAGCUGUCGAUCCUAUCGCAGCGCCCCGUAGCAUGUCAGCAGGCGAGGACGAGGAUGCUGAGGAAGACGACUUUUGGUAAAACAUCAAGGAUUGUCUGAUAUUGUAUUUUCAAACUACGCACAUCCGCUAUACUAUACUUCUGACCUUCGUACAUCCGCUAUAUUUAACUUUUGACCUGCUUGCAUUUGGUUUUACAGCUACCAGCUUGACAUGUGGGCGUGGCUGCAAGCGCCUGGCUUCUAGCAUAUCCUAGCCGCGGCGUUCGGGCCCCUAACCUGGACGCAGUCGGUCCACAAAUUAUGUUAACCUAACCCUCAAAUUAUACACAUUAAACAACUGUCGUAGGUUGGAUAUUGUUGUAAGUAGAAAGUUAGUAGGUCAGGAGUUCAGAUCAACGUAUCGACGAUGUAAUAUUACCGAACGUCUGAUUUAUUUUUUCUAUAUGUCCAUUGGAGCCAUUGAACCUCUCUCCAUAAUUUAUUCCCAUCUGUCUGUAAUUUUGUAGAUUUUGGAUUUCAUUUUCACCAUGUUAUGGAAAGUUGACAGUGAACACCUUGUAUUUAUUCGAGCCAAUAAGCAUUUUUUGGCAAACAAAACAUUUACCUGGUAUAACGUAUACAAUAAUAUGAUAGUUACCACAAAUAUUGCAAUUUUAACUUCUUGUGACCUUUUUUAUAUUCGUGAUAUUUUAAGAUUUUGUGUAAUUUAUGUAAAUUAUAUUCAAUAUUUUAUUGCAAAGUUCACAUAUUUUAUUGUUCAUUAACAUGCUCAUUGUUCACCAUGACACCAAGGUUUUUCCUGAUACGAUAGUCUCCUUCCGUUGUUUUUCUAAAAAUCACUUUAAUUUCAGAUAAAA